GGCAGCUCUGUGGGCUGAUAGCUCCUUGAGAAGCCUUGGAUAAAGACUAUCAAGACUUAUUGAUUUCUCUACGUCUAGUUUCAUAAGGCAGUUGAGCAGGAUGUCUUGGUCGACGUCAAUGGAAUCUAUCCCGUGUUUCUCUGAUGCAGCCAGAGCUGAUUCUAUGGGGAGUAACGACUCUUGUUUAAAGACUUGGUAGAAGUAGUCUGCCAUUGCUUAUGCUUUUUCCUGAUCUUCUACGAUUGUGUCACUGUCAAUAGUCAGGUUUGGGACACCAUUGGAUGUUUUAUUCCUAAAGUUCAUGUACGAGAAAAUUUUCUCAGGUUAUGCCUUUGCAUUUUGAGCCGAAUGUGGUUCGAACUUCAUUAUUGAUUGGCUGACUUCUGCAGUAGCUCUUUUCCUAGAAGUGUGGUAUAAUUUCAAGUCCCAAGUGUGGCAAACAGGUUUAAACAUUAGUGUUCGCGUCUAAGUAACUUAUGAAUCUCUUGGUUUAUCCAGGUGGGGAGGGGGCAAUGUUUCCGACCCUUUGGGAGCAGACCAAGGAAUGAAAGGUUCGGUUGCUUGGGCUUAAUGUUGUUUAAAUUGGUUCCAUGCGGCUUCUACUUGGGACUCUGGGUUAAUGUACCAGUUCACUGAGUUAGCUGCUGAGACGAUCGCAUUUAUAUCAGCUUUCAGAACGUUUGGUCGAGCUGGGGUUUCGGCCCAUGGUGCUGUCCCUGUGAACUUGAAAGUGAGCACAGCGUGAUCACUUCUUCCUAAAGGAGGAAGAUGUUGUAUGAGAUCCAAAUCCUCACCGUAGGAGAACACUAGGCCCAGAGUUGAAGAUGAGUGCCGUGAUUCAUAGUGCGUGGACUUAAUGACAUAUUGGACUAGGGCUAGCGAAAUGCUAGAUUCCGGCAGUUUAUGAUUAAAAGAGUUGUCUGGAGAUGGCGUUGUAAGGCUUGUCCAGUCAACUGUCGGAGCGGAUGUGUUACAAGGUUUGACACCUCUGUUUAUCCUUAUAGUAGGCUUAUGCAAUUAGCUGAUAUAUCUAGUUUUACUUAAAACUAAAGUUUUGCUAAAUAAUUAACUACUACGCUUUCUUUAGUUUUUCUUCUUGGUGUUUCAGUUUUCGGAUGUCUUCAUUUCUCAGUAAUGAUUAAUAGAGUAUGAACAAGAUGUCUACUCCCUUCGAUCAACUAAUCAAUUCAAACUUGUUGGAUUCACUUUGUCUUCGGAUACUUGAAGUCUAUUGUCUAAAGAUGCGUAAAACUCCUGUAACAUUAAGCCCAGACGCAAGAAUGCAUGUUAUUAAUUACACAAUGGGUAUAAUUAAAAGUCUUUGUGAUCCUACAAUUCCAAAUUGUGUUGUCGACAUCCGAGAACGAAUAGACUACUGUUUUCCCUCAAAAAUUAGACCUUCUAAUCAAUUUCUGAAUGAGAUUCAGUUGAAUGUUGAGAAGGGGAAGAAAAAAACUCUUUACAUCUCUGCAGAUAAAGUCUUUUCUUCUUUUAAGUCAGUGUAUCCGCACGUGGAACCAUCUGUCUCCUUAUUUUUCGCACAUUUAAUGGAGCAUAUUAUGGGGCAGAUUCUCCAGUGGGCAAUACAUUACGAGUCGAAAAUACAUUCAGGAUAUAUUGAGGGGACAGAUAUUCAACAUAUAUUCAGUUUGUUCGGAGCUUCAAAGCAGUCAAAAUCACCAGUUUGUCCCAUUCCAUCCCUGCACAGAAAGUCCAAAGACUACAAAGAUUAUGCAAAAGAGAUACAGUAUUUAUUGCGAUCUAGCGUUCAACAUCUUGGGAUAGUUGUACGAAUAUUCGGUGACUGUCUAUCAGAGGAGUUGUCUCAAAUCCGCACUGUUACAGAAUCCUUUCUGUCCGAAUGUGAUGAUUUAAGCGAAGUUAGCCUAUCCGCUCGUCGUUUACUGACAUCAAUCAAAUCUGCCCAGCUUGUUUUCGAUCGUGCUUCAGAGGUGCAUGGUCACAUAACUCUAUUAAGUGAAUGCGUUGACGAUGCUCAGGAAGAUCAAACGCGUCUUCUUGGUUCAUGUUUAAUAGAACCUGCAGAAGACGAGACGUUUUACAGCUUUGCUCACUACUCAGAUGCAGUUUUCAGCAAUGAUUGCCGAGAAUGGAUAAAUGUUUUAGCUCAGAUACCGCAUAUUGCACGCACGCUUACUCACGAGUUCCAAAGGAUUUUACGAGUUACGUUAACUAACGCAUCUAGUCGUCGGCAUGCAGAGAUAAAAUUACGGUUUUCUGACCCUCAUUCAUGUCCGUUGUGUACGACAAGUUUUACAUAUGACAGCGUAAAUUUAACAGCACCAGGACAGCCUUCAGAACCCUGUUAUGCAUUACCUCAUCAGUCUGACAUUUCACAAUCAUAUUGGCCGGAUGCUGCUUCAGGCUAUGCUAUCAACAGCUGUGCGGGUAGGUGCGUAAGUAGUACGUACAAUUCAACUGACAAUGUUACUUCUCUAUCUCUACCCUUCUGUUCUAUCUCAACAAAUCAACAAUUUUUUAAUUCACCAUCUUUUACAUCGUUUACAAAUCCACGUCAACAAAAACCAACGGAUCAUUCUUCCAAUACAAAGCACAGCACAAGUCCAAGAUCAGUUAGCAUUUCACCGUUACCUCUUCAGUUAGCACACAAAUCUAUACCUGAUUUUGUAAAUAAUGAUCGCAUUCAGAAUCAGACUGAAGAACUAGCUGUUCGAACUUCUGAUUAUGGUUUGUCAACAUCGUCUUCAUCAUCUGCAAUCAACGAUGAAGGUAUGAAGGCUGCCGGUGAUAAUGAAUGCAGUUUAAAUGAAAAGGUUUUCUCUGAUGAUACCGAUAAUUACUCUUCAGGAACUGGCUCGUUUAAAGAAGGUCAAGCACAGUUGAUGGAACUCCUUCAUUUCAGUUUCGAUUUAACUACAGUCUCACCAUCAUGCAGUCAUAUGGUAAUCGCCUUUCGUUAUCUUCUACCUCAACUUUUGCUUCUACCGAAUUUGCAGUUACUACAGCUGGCAGAUCACAUAGAGGCUCUCCGUGCGCAAGCUGCUGAAGAAAGUGAACAAGCUAUUCUCAGGGAUGUAAUGUCUAUAUUAUCAAAAACUCGAUCUUCUGUGUCCACUAUAUUAUUUAAUCAGGAUUGGGUAAAACUUGUGUAUCCGAAAUUGUCCUUUUUGAUGAAAACGCCUGUUUCUGAUGAUCCGUGUCCAGCUGAAGGAAAAAGCAGACUAGAAGAAUUGAUAUGUUCAGUUCGUCGUAUGCAACAUCCUUCCGAAAUUCCACUUGUUAUGUCUGAUUUCAUUAUGGAGGGCCGUGUACAGAUAAGAACUGAUCAUAGUCGGCCUAAAAAGUGUGAACGGAUGGCGUAUCUUUUCAGUAAUUGGUUACUUUUAUGUAAGAAACAAAAACGAGUACUUGGUAACGUUGUAUCUACUUCUUCGUCUAGUGCAAAUUAUGCCAUGAAAGUAAAAAGCCGUAUUUGUUUGGAGCAGUUUCAUCUCAUAGAUCUAGCCCCGGAAGUCAAUGAUAAUAACGAAGUUACGUUUUCAUUUGACUUGGAAUUUUGGGAAGCACCAAAGUUGUCUUCUGUUAUGUCUGGUUUUCAACACGACACAGCCAAUUCAUCUUUCAAUUUACAUUCAUGUAACAAUCCCACUGCAUCUGGUGAACUUCAGUCUGUAUUUCCUGGUACAUUAAAUCAGAGUCAAUUUCAAGUUGGCAGUGUAUUGUCUGUUUCGACGUUAACUAGUACUAGCACGUUGGUUGAUAACUCUCCUGACUCCCAUGUAAACUUAACUUCUGGAAAUGCUGAAAACACCAAGUCAUUGAUUCUUCCAACAGCUGAAGAUGCAGUUACUGCUUCAAAUAAUGCUCUUAUAGACGUUAUCUCAUCUUACCCGAAGCAACGAUUCACGUUCAUCUUUCUUAGCAGAGAAGAUAAAGCGAAUUGGAUGUCAGCUUUAGUGUAUCUUCAUUUAUCUAGAUUGUUCAAACGAUAUCUAAUGUCCCUUCCACGUCAAGACCUUCCUCUGAUCUUACCGUCUCCUUCCAUAUAUCGAUAUGCUGUUCCAGAUUCACCACUUAAUAUUAUUUUGGAACCUCCACAAACUGAUGGCAGUUCAGGCAUUCCUAUUGUUCGUGCUGCAACAAUCCUAAAACUCAUUGAACGAAUGACCUACCAUGAAUACUUUGACAGCAAAACUCUUAAUGCCUUUCUUUUGACCUAUAGACGUUACGUUACAGCUUUGGAGCUAUUGGAUUUAUUGAUCGAGCGAUUCAACAUACCAAAUCCAGAUUUUACAGAAGCUGCCAAUGAAAAAUUCAAUUCAGUUAAGGGUAGUGAUUGUCUGACUACUGCUGCUUGGCGUCUGGAGCAGCGUUUUCGUUCAGUAUACAAACGGCGUGUUCAAUAUAGAGUUUUAAACUUCAUAAUCAAAUGGGUGAAAAAUUCCUCCUAUUAUAAACUGGAUAUCCUGCCAGAUGCUACAUUACGCAGUAAAUUAUGGAGCUUUCUAGACACAGUUGAUGCUCGCAAUUUAUCUGAUAAUGUAACUAAUAUCCGUAAAUCACUACUUGGUGAUCGAAUAAGAUCGGUGCCGACAAUUCAACAGCUUCCACCUGAGCCACUUGAUUUUGGCUUAGUUAUGCUUUCAGAUGAUGUCAAAUUAACCACAGUUCACCCACUUGAAUUAGCUCGUCAGGUUACUUUAUAUGAGUGGGAACUAUACUCUCGUAUCGAAUUCUGGGAAGUUACUGGUAAGGAAAAAAUUAAAUCUCCCAAUUUCGAGGCAUCACUGCAAUUUUCUAAUAAGUUUAAAUGGUGGCUAGUCAGUUCAAUCAUGUCAGCCCAUCAUUUAGAAGAUAGAAUGGUAGUCAUGCAACGUGUGGCCGACCUACUGACAUAUUUUGAACAUUUAAACAAUUUACAAGGAGUUCAAGAAGCUAAAGCUGCUCUGCUGAGUUCUCCUGUAUUUCGUUUAAGUGAAACAUACGAGGCUCUUAUCUCCAAGUCUAAACAGCAUUAUCGUAAUUUGUUUGAAUGUUUACGCCAAUCAGUUGAAAGUGAUAAUGGCAAUAUUUAUUUUGAUGAUUACCAAGAAAAAUUGCAUCGAAUUCAUCCACCUGGUCUACCAUUUAUUGCAGUUGGUGAUAAAACACAACUGAUACAUUUAGAAUUAAAGCACUCGGAUUGGGUUAAUCCUUCUUCAUUACCAUUUGUAUCAGUUGCAGAUGUACGCGAUUCGAAUAGUAAUAGUUGUUUAAUAAAUUUUUGGAAAUGUCGUCAAUUAGCUGAACUUGUUGAAUACUAUUUGUCUUUUCAACAAACACCAUACAAUUUCUCCAUCAAUAAACCAAUUCGUAACUUUUUAGAAACACUAGACCCUUUAAGGUCAUGGGGUGUUGAAAGUGAAAAUGCCUUUGACGAUAUAAUGUAUGAAAAAUCUUUGAAAAUCCAGCCUAAACUCGGUGACACAUCUUCAACAGCAUCUCGAGAACGUAGCUUCACACCUGUGGAACUAAAAAUUGCAGCUGCAUUGAAUCUCGUUCAGCCGGAUCCCAAUCUUACUGCUGAUUCACGCGAGUUUCGUAACCUUGUUCAGAUGAUUUCUACUGUAAAAAACUGUUCUUCAUCUUCUUCAACCAAUGAAAACCCGUUAAUGAAGGUUUCUUCUGAUCUAGCCGACAAAACGUUUGAGCGGUCAAGUAGUAAGUUGAAUACUACAGUGUGUGCAACAAUUAAUGAAUCUACUGUAUACCCUCAAAAUUCUGAAGAAAAGUCAUCUUUGCUUUCUGGAGCUGACAAAAUCUGCAUUGACUUGAAGCCAUCCAUUAUUGGAGAUAUUUAUGGGGAUUUACGUGUUACUUCUCCAACAGUUCCAAAACCUAAAGACAUUGAAAGGCCACCAUCAGUACCAUUCGACAUAAAAUGUGUACAAAGAUGUGAAGAAACACGUGCAAAAAACAGUUCUCCGCCACCUCUUCCACCUCGAAUAAGCAAGUAUUCAAAUGUAAAUACACAUUCAGAACAAUUAUUUCGCCAACCAUCGCCGUCUCAAGGAUUUCAUAAUUUUCCCAAUUCCACAUCGUUACACCACAGCAAUAUAUGCUGUACGGCUCUACCUGCAAUGGAUAUAUUAACCGUUUGUUCAACGGAUAGUCACAUUUCAUGUGAUUGUAUAGCGGAAAAUUCGUCAAAGAUACAGUCAUCAAAUGUCUCACAGGAAUGUGAAAAUACACCUAUGAAUGAAACUCUAGACAGUGUUAGUCCUCCUCCAAGACCAUCACGCAGAAGUUUGAUUUCUGUAUCCUCCCGUACGCUGCCGACCGAGAGAAAUUGUUCUUCAUCAUGUGAAGCGACAGAACUUUCAGGUUUUGCAUCUAGAUCGUUAAAUGUUAACACGUUAAAUCCACCUACUCUGCCUCCUCGUAAUCCGUCGUCUCAUAAAGAGUCAACACUUGAGAAUGCUGAUAUUCACGGUGAAUCAGUUGGCUUAUCAAAUUUAGCAAAUCCUACUCGGGUGUUUUUAUCACACAACACAACUAUUACAACAGAUCGUUCAUCACCACCUCCAUUGCCUCCUAAAAAAAUCACUUCCUCAUAA